AUGCGGGUAAAGCCGCCAAUCUCACAAACGUACGAAAGGAGUACCGACAAAUUUCAGUACGAGAUCUACUUACUCGGGCCUUGCUUCUUGCUGGGCAUCCUUUGUACGGAGGAAUACUCUAUAGCUGAGGUACUUUGGACCACCUCCAUUUGGUUGGAGAGUGUGGCAAUUGUGCCCCAACUGGUCCUGCUGCAGCAGAUGAGAGAGGUCGAGAACUUGACCUCCCAGUUUGUGGCGACCAUGGGAGCGUACAGAGCGCUGUACAUCCUGAAUUGGAUCUACCGAUACUUCGCGGACGACUACGUCAAUUGGGUCGGCUGGGUCGGCGGUUUGGUACAAACAGUGCUGUAUGCCGACUUCUUCUACUACUAUGCCAGAAGCAAAUGGUAUGGUGGCAAGUAG